ACGCAGAGCCGUGUUUGGAGGAGGACAAUUCUCUUGAGAAAUCGAAAAACAAACCACUGCCACUCAUACACGAUCAAAAACCAACAAACAACCUUCUCUACCCCUCGCGUCCCCAUCAUCAUUAUCCCCAAAGAUAAGCCCACUCUGUCUCUUUCUAGCUUCUCCUCCUCUUUUUUUUUUUUUUUUCCUUGGAAAAAAUAAAAACUCUGCCUAUAUUUGCUUCUUCCCUUUCUUUCUUUCUUCCUCUCUACAUCUCCGCUUGCGGAGUCAAAGUUCUACCCCUUCCCAGAAACCAAAUACCCUUUGUACAGUUUCCCUUUUUAAUCUUCGUUGCCUCGUGAGUUAUGUUGUUUUUGUGUUUUGUUGCUGUUUGGGUUGCGUUUUUCGUUGGGGUUAUUGUGGGUUCGGCUUGGAAACCCAGAUGGGCGACCUUGGGUCAUGAUGGUAAAUUCAACUUUUCGUCGCCAAUAAAGGGUUUUGGUGGGAACCCUAGUUAUGGCACUUGUGCAAUGGAAGAUGGUGUGGAGAAGGAACAAGCUUCUGUACCAGUGGCCAAAGACACCAAUUGCAGUUCAUCACAACUCAAAGAAAAAGAGCGUCUCGCUGUGACGGAGGAGGAUUUAGAACAUUUAUGCCAUCUUGUAGAUAGGAAAGAUGGGGGUCCCCCUUGGAAACAUAUGAUGGACCGUUCUGCCCCCGGUAUGAGCUACCAAGCAUGGCAGAGAGAUGCAGAGACUGGUCCUCCUCAAUAUUGCAGCAAAACUGUCUACGAGAAUGCCACGCCAGAAUUAUUGAGAGACUUCUUUUGGGAUGAUGAGUUCCGAUUGAAGUGGGAUGACAUGCUCAUUCAUUCUACCACAAUAGAAGAAUGCCCCACCACAGGAACCAUGGUAGUUCAUUGGAUCAGGAAGUUUCCCUUUUUUUGUAGUGACAGAGAGUAUAUAAUAGGCCGUCGAAUAUGGGAUUCAGGACGAUCGUAUUACUGCGUGACAAAGGGGGUUCCCGGCCCUUCUAUUCCAAGACGUGACAAACCAAGACGUGUUGAUCUUUUCUAUUCAAGUUGGUGCAUCCAAGCAGCGGAAUCAAGCAAAGGGGAUGGCCAGCUAACUGCCUGUGAGGUGAUUCUCUUCCAUCAUGAAGACAUGGGCAUCCCACGGGAAAUCGCAAAAUUUGGAAUAAGGCAAGGGAUGUGGGGAGCCGUCAAGAAUAUUGAGCGUGGUUUACGUCUCUACCAGAAGGAAAGAGCAUCUGGAGCACCACUCUCUAGGUCUGCAGUUUUGGCUCAGAUCAACACCAAAAUCAAUCCAGACUACAUGAAAUCCUUGGAAAUUUCUGAAGAAGAUUCACCAGAGACUGAACUGCAAGGUUCUUCACCUGAGAAGCCUGGGGGUCUGAACAUCCCCAAGCUCAUAGUUUUUGGUGGGGCUGUCGUCCUUGCUUGUACUCUUGAUCGUGGCCUCUUGACUAAGGCAGUUAUAUUUGGUGUUGCCAGAAGGUUUGGAAACAUUGGACGGGGAUUAUAGUUCUGCAAGAGGGGCUGAUACAGAAGAUGUAACUGAAGUCUCAUUUUUUAGAACUCAGUUGUUCUUUGUUACUUUUUCCAUAUGUGAUUGUUACGAGCUCGUGUCGCUCACCUUCUCACACAUGAUGAGGGUUUUUAUUUCUCUCUACAGUACUUUUCUAUGAACACGACGCCUCAGUAGCUACGUGAAAGAGAACAUAUUGUUGUAUUCAUUGGUGGCAGAAUCUUUUUGUUUAGGUAAUUACACUAACUUGUUCUGUUUA